AUGCUCGGCCGCGACGUGUCGCCAGCUACAUUCAAGGGGACAAUUGCGGAUAUGGAGACCUCAGUUGGUGUCUCGACUUACGCUGCGCAAUACUCACCAGGAGAAUUGCCUAAGGAGGUCAAGAUAGAAGGGAAAACAUACAAGACUGAUGAGUGGAUGAACACUCCUUCGUCAAUUCUUGAUGCGAUACCCCGACGUCUACAUCUUCAACCAGACCAUCCUCUCACCAUCACACGGAAAUUAAUUGAGUCUCGGUUUCCUGGAUACAAGACGCAUAACAACCUCUUUCCGAUUGUUACCACUGGGCAAAAUUUCGACUCGCUUGGCUUUCCACUCGAUCAUAUUGGGCGAAGCAGAACAGACACGUACUACCUGAACAAAGAAACUGUGCUACGAACACAUACUUCUGCUCACCAAGCCGAUACAUUCCGUAACAACGAAAGCGAAGGAUACCUCAUCAGCGCAGAUGUUUACAGAAGAGAUGCCAUUGAUCGAAGUCACUAUCCAGUCUUCCAUCAAAUGGAGGGAGCGCGAACUUGGGAUCGACAGCAGGCUGAGAAGGAAGGCAAGAAUCUUGCCUAUAUAAUCUGGGAAGAUGUAGAAAAGAUACCCAAGCACGACAUUGCUGUUGAAGAUCCAAAUCCGACUUAUCAUGCGGAACGCAACCCACUGCAGACAGGCCACUCGCCAGAAGCAGUCGAAGCCAUAGCCGCACAUCUCAAACGCAGUCUCGAAGACAUGGUAGUGACUAUAUUCAACGCCGCGAAAUCCGCUUCAGAUGCGGAGACUUCUGGCGAGCCGCUCAAGGUGCGCUGGGUAGAAGCCUACUUUCCUUUUACCUCGCCAUCCUGGGAACUAGAAGUCUUCUGGCAGGGCGACUGGCUCGAAGUGCUGGGUUGCGGUAUUGUCUCUCAACCUAUUCUAAACAACGCCUCUGUGCCCAACCGCAUAGGAUGGGCGUUCGGACUGGGUCUCGAGCGUAUCGCCAUGCUCCUCUACUCUAUUCCCGACAUUCGCCUAUUCUGGUCAAAAGACGAGCGCUUCCUGUUGCAAUUCAGCGAGCAGAAAUCCAUCUCCCCAUUCGUUCCCUUUAGCAAGUACCCGGAAUGUUUCAAAGAUGUUAGUUUCUGGUUGAGAGGCGGUUCAAGCGCUGCUGGCACACCGAUUGCGUCCGCGGCCCCCGUCCCAACAUCAACCCCUUCGUUCCACGAAAAUGACGUGAUGGAAAUCGCACGCGAAAUCUGCGGCGAUCUCGUCGAAGAUGUCCGUCUGGUAGAUGAGUUUGUGCACCCCAAGACGGGACGCAGGAGCAUGUGCUACCGCAUCAACUACCGCAGCUUGGAGCGCACACUUACCAAUAAGGAGACGAACGAGCUGCACGAGCGACUGAGGACUACAAUUGUCGCGCGCUUAGGCGUUGAGCUUAGAUAG